AUGGCUCGAGUUGCCAGUCCCGGAAUAUCUUCAAACGAUGGUGACGGUGGAUAUCAAAAUAGGGCGUGGUCGGCUCCCGAAAAGAGCAUUACAAGAUUUGAGAAUCGUCGGUUGACUCUUGGCACCAGGGGCGUCCCAAGGAAUCACCCCGGAAAAUGUGACCCAAGUCAAUCAUCAAACGCUUGUCGCCAUCAAGAAGGACGCAAAGAGAACAACUUGAAUCAUAGACUUCACCAAGGAGAUGGUGACGGGUCCAAAGGAGUUCUGGUCACCAGUCAGCUGCACGACGCGCUCACGAUCACCACUGACAAUGAUACACCACCGCUAUUCUUCUGGUCUGAUAUUAUUUAA